CGCUGAGGUUAGGAAAUAUCCACCACACCACACCGCACAUGCCCUCCAAUGUCAGAAUGAUUCUUGUAGACUGAGUGCAACUUUGACAGUGCGUGUGGGAUGUGGAAGUAAGAAAAAAGUCUACCUAGAGGAUCCUCUGCUGGAAGCACAGCCCUCCCCUUUCCUCUCGCUCGCUCUCUCUCUCACUCACAGUCUUUCUCAGCUGGCUCCGCUCUCUCUCAGUCUUGCGCUGUGACCGUGUGUGCGCUGAGAGAGAGAAGCGCCUAGGGCUCCACCGAGCUUUGCUUGAGUUUAGUCUCAACCGUGUUACUAUUUAAAACAGUCGGAGAGGAAGAGCGCACAACAUCUAGGAGAUAAACAACCACAGAAACACACUUUAAAGUGAGGCAGUGAGUGGUGUGGACACUCAUGGUCCUCUCCUGAGGCUCCUGUGAUUGCUUCACCAGGAGAGAUGUGAUCGUUGCGCGACUUGUUUAACACACAGACACACCUGCUCCAUCCUCAGGUGGCGUUCCGAAGGACUGGAUUGCUGAACGAAACAGUGUUUACCAGAGGCCGGUGGACUGCACGCAGCCAAGGGGUGAACAUGGACUACCUGUGGGGGAUUGUACUGCUGCUGUGGGCGCUCAGAGGAACCGACGCGCAGAGGAGCAAGAACAACGUACCCCGACUCAAACUCUCAUAUAAAGAAAUGCUGGAGUCCAACAACCUGCUCACUUUCAAUGGAUUGGCCAACAGCUCUGCCUAUCACACCUUUUUACUGGACGAAGAGAGAGGUCGGCUCUUUGUGGGGGCAAAAGACCAUGUGCUUUCCUUCAACUUGGUGGACAUCAAUCUGGACAUGCAACUGAUAUCCUGGCCUCCUUCACCUUCUCGACGAGAUGAAUGCAAGUGGGCCGGGAAGGACGUCCAGAAGGAGUGCUCGAACUACAUAAAGGUUCUGCAGCCGUUUAAUCAGACACACUUGUAUGUGUGUGGAACAGGAGCUUUCCAUCCCGUCUGUGCUUUUGUGGAAGUGGGCAAACGCCCAGAGGACAACAUCUUUCGCAUAGGUUCGUCCAGCUUUGAGAACGGCCGUGGAAAGAGUCCCUAUGACCCCAAACUGCAGACUGCUUCCAUGUUGAUCGAUGGAGAACUUUAUGCUGGGACGUCAGCUGACUUCAUGGGCCGGGACUUUGCCAUUUUUCGAACGUUAGGCAAACAUCAUCCAAUCAGAACGGAGCAGCAUGACUCCAGAUGGCUCAAUGAUCCCAGAUUCGUCAGCGUGCAUCUCAUCCCAGAGAGCGACAACCCUGAAGAUGACAAGAUCUAUUUGUUCUUCAGAGAGAAUGCUAUUGAUGGAGAGCAAAUCAGCAAAGCCACACACGCCAGAAUCGGACAGCUGUGCAAGAAUGAUUUUGGAGGCCACAGGAGUUUGGUCAACAAAUGGACCACCUUCCUUAAGGCCCGUUUAAUCUGCUCCGUUCCUGGCCUGAAUGGCAUCGACACACACUUUGAUGAACUACAGGAUGUGUUUCUCAUGAGCUCCAAGGAUCCCAAAAACCCUAUUAUCUAUGCUGUAUUUACAACAUCCAGUAACAUCUUUAAGGGCUCAGCGGUAUGCAUGUACAGUAUGGCAGAUAUCAGGAGGGUGUUUCUGGGCCCCUAUGCCCACCGAGAUGGACCCAACUACCAAUGGGUACCAUUUUUGGGUAGAGUGCCGUACCCAAGACCUGGCACGUGCCCCAGCAAAACGUUUGAUGGUUUUGAGUCAACAAAGGACUUUCCUGAUGACGUUAUCACAUUUGCCAGAAGCCAUCCGGCCAUGUACAACCCAGUGUUCCCUAUCAACAACCGUCCAAUCAUAAUCAAAACUGAUGUUGACUAUCAGUUCACUCAGAUAGUGGUGGACAAGGUGGAGGCAGAGGAUGGACAGUAUGAUGUCAUGUUUAUCGGCACCGACAUGGGCACAGUUCUUAAGGUAGUUUCCAUCCCCAGAGGAACAUGGCAUGAUCUUGAAGAAGUCCUGUUGGAAGAGAUGACUGUGUUCAGAGAACCAACAGCUAUUACUGCGAUGGAACUCUCUACAAAGCAGCAACAGCUCUAUCUCGGAUCCGCCAUUGGGGUUUCUCAGAUGCCGCUGCAUCGCUGUGACGUGUACGGGAAGGCCUGCGCUGAGUGCUGUCUGGCACGAGAUCCUUACUGCGCCUGGGACGGCUCACAAUGUUCCCGAUACUUUCCAACUGCUAAGAGGAGAACGAGGCGUCAGGAUAUAAGGAACGGAGACCCUCUGACUCAAUGUUCAGAUCUACAGCAUCACGAUGAGGCAGACGGAGAAAGAGGUUUGCUGGAUAAGACAGUGUACGGGGUUGAAAACAGCAGCUCUUUUCUGGAGUGCAGUCCUAAAUCCCAGCGUGCCCUUACUUAUUGGCAGUUUCAAAGACAUGGAGAGGACCGCAAACAAGAGAUAAAGUCAGAUGAGCGGGUAUUAGGCACAGAACAGGGUCUGUUGAUCAGAACCCUCCAUCAGAAAGACUCGGGUGUCUAUUACUGCCACGCUGUCGAACACGGCUUCAUCCAGACCCUCCUCCGCCUAACGCUCAACAUCAUUCCCACCGAAAACCUGGAUGACCUCCUGCACCGAGACACGCCCGACAGCAACGACCCGGCCAACGGCAAGAUGUGGUACCGCGACUUCCUGUCCCUCAUCAACCCGCCGAGCCCAAACAGCGUUGACCAGCUCUGCGAGCAGGUUUGGAAAAGAGAACGGAAACAGCGUAGACAGAAAGCCAAUCUGCUGCAUGCCAGCCAAUCGCACGGCAGCCAGCUCAUCCACUCCAGCCAAUCACACACCAGCAAGUGGAAGCUGCUACAGGAAAACAAGAAAGGACGCAAUCGCAGGACCCACGAGAUGCAGCGGGCGCCCCGCAGCGUGUGAUAUGGACACCAAAUACAAACGGAUAAGAAAAUCCAACAGACUUCUACUGAGACUAGAGAUGGGAAGAGCGGAAAAUGCACUUCCUGUAGUGUGCAAGAGAGCAAGAGAUUUACUUAUGAACCAGAGCACAUCUUCAUUCACACGUAUUGAGACUCGUAACUCUGAGAGAACGUAACAGGACACACAGAUACUGAAAUACCUGUAAAUAUGACAUAAAUACAAAAUUAUACUGUGAGACAGGUUUCAGUCUGUAUAAAAACCUUGUUUCAUUUUAUGAGGGACAAAACAUGGAUGCUUAAAGACAACUGUUUAUCCUCCAUUUAGCUGAAGCACAAUCCCAGUGCGUUCUGGGUAAUGAACUUGUCAGUAAUAUUAUGUGUAUAGAGUGUGUUGACCUUAACAUAUACUGUAUAUCUUUGUAUCAGAAUGGUAGGCCCUUUUGUUUAUGUACGUAUCCAUUGAUUAGGUAUUGUUGUUUAGGGAUUUAUUUUCUUUCUUUACCCCCUUGUUCUAUCUUCCUCUUUGUGUUUUCUAUUUUCAUCCGCUGCAAAAGCAGCGCCUCAGCAAAUCCAUUAAUGGAACUGUGUUGUUCCUCUGAAUAAGCUCUUCCUGACAAGAAAAAAAUAAGUAAAAACUUUUCUGCUAUUUUUUUUAGAUUAAUAUUUAAUUUUGUACUGUGCCAGAGUAUAUCUAAAAUAUUACAUAAUAGAUUUAUUUUAUUAUUAGUUGUCCUCAUUGUAAACCACUGCACCGUGAGGGUAAACAAGCCCUCUUCACUAACUUUUUCCUCCUCAGUUAAGUUAUUUGUUGACAUGAUUUCAUCCGUUCACAUUCACGUUUAUAUAAAAGCAUUGUGGUUGAGUAUAUGAAAUAUGGUGGCAUUUAUUGCCAUAUGUUCAUUUUUGUCAUUUUGUCACACAUACUUGGGGAAAUACUGGCUUUCACUACAUGUACAAAAACAGAAUUUAUGAAAAACCAAUUCACACUACCACUAUGGAGAGUAUAUGAGUGUUUUCAGCUUAUGUUUAUGGCAUAACAUUAUUAUUAUUGAUGGCCUGCUAUCUAACUGCUAAAAAAGGAGUUUAGAUUUUAAUUUGUGGUUUUUAAAAGCCCCACUUUUUAUGUAACAUUCAAGCCCAUAUUUGAAGUCAACAUGGAAUUAUAGAAUGUUUGGAUCCCAUUUUGCUACUAUAAAGUGACUUCUAAGUGAUUAUAAUUAAUAAUUCUAAGAAUUAAUAAUUGUGUACAUUUUAUUCCAUUAGGAACUGAUUGGAUUUUGAAAACUGAAUACACAGACUAGAAAAAAAAAAAAAAAAAAUCAAAUAUUCAUUCUGUACUUCAAAAGUUAUUUGAAAGAAAAAUGUUUGUUUUCAUAAUCUCUCAUUCUCUCAAAUUUAAUAACAAAAUGUGGCUUCAUCUCUCAGAUAAAAUUUCCAUGUCACAAAAGCUGCAUAAAUGUCAUAUAUAUAUAGAGAGAGAGAGAGAGAGAGAGAGAGAGAUUUAAAAUUUAGAUUUAUACUUAAUAAUACAAUAUUUAUACAAUAAAUAUGCUUAACACUGAUGUAUGGUUUGUUAGUAUUGGACAAUACUUUGCUGAAAUACAACUAUUUGAAAAUCUGGAAUGUGAGGGUGCAAAAAAAUCAAAAUAUUGAGAAAAUUUAUAAUAUUAAUAUUGAGAAAAUUGAGGAAAUUAAUAUUGAGAAAAUUUAGGAAAUUUACAAAAAAUCUUCAUGGAACAUGGUCUUAUAUAUGAUUUUUGGCACAAAAGAAAAAUCGAUACUUUUGACACAUGCAAUGUACUGUUGUUAUUGCUACAAAUAUGCCCGUGCUUCUUAAGACCGGUUUUUAAGGGUCACAUUUAUAUACAUUAUAUGUGUGUCUCAGAGAAUUUCGAUGAGAGUUUAUGAAAACAAGACAUUUCUUUUCCUUGAAAUAACAGACUUGAUCAUGCUCAAUCAUGAAUCAUGCACAAUAAGACCAAAACUUAUUAAGAAAGUAAAUGGGAUUGAUUUUUUGUUGACUUUAAAUAUGAGAGGGCAAGGGAGGACAAAUUUACAACUGUUAUAUAAUAUACCAAGCUUGUCCCUUGGCUGAGGAAAGGACAGCUGUGACUGGAACUGCUAGGAUCAGGGACAGAACACAGCUGAGACUGCACUUACAGACUCCUUGAGAAGUCUUACUUUCACCCCUCUCGUUGAAUUAGUUGUCUGAAUAUGUUAUUUUUGUCCCAUCUUUUUGAGGCCACACACGCUCACACCAACAGCACACAUAUAUCUGAAUGUAGCUGUGAACAUAUAGACUAUUUAUGAAAAAAUGGUCCAAAAUAUAUGCCACUGUGUACAAACUGCAUGUGAAUUUACAGCACCACUCAUUUCUAUACUCGUUUACAGUAGCUGCUCUUGUUAAUGAGUGAUUUGUCUGGCGUUGGAUUCCAGGUGGUGCUUAAAAAUAUUCUGCUAAUAAUAACAGAUGGUGUUAUCAACGGGCAUAAUUUCUGCCUGAUGAAUUCUCUCCCUUUGUAGCUAAAUGUAUAACCAACAGGCAACCGCUGUAAAUGAAAGGAUUUCGAAUGCAAAACUCAACAGUAUGAACUUGGAAUGGACUUUGGGCAGAAAAGGACACCUGCCUUGCUUUGACUUUUCACAGGGACUGGAAACGAGGGACAAAGACAUGAAAAUGCUGCUGUAAAUUAUUCAUUUUUGGCAUGCAUUCUGCUGUUCAAAUAAAUGUCUCUUCUAAAGAACCUGUUUCAGA